AAGUUGCAAGCAUUAACAUCGGAGUCUUGGCCCCAAGAUGGCAUUAACGUACUUACUUUUUCAAAUUGUCAUUUCGUUGCUGGCCAUCGCGGCCUUUCAUCUGUAUCGGAAACUAACGUUCUUCAAGCGCCGCGGCAUACCACACGAUCCACCGCAUCCGGUGGAUGGAAACAUGCAGGGCCGACGCACAACUCGAACGAACCACGAAAUAUUUAUGGCCUACUAUAAUAAAUAUUUGGACAGCAAAGCCCCCUUUGUGGGAUUCUACUUUAUGCAAAAGCCUGCCGCAUUUGUCAUUGACUUGGAACUGGCCAAGAACAUACUCAUCAAGGAUUUCUCAAAUUUCUCGAACAAAGGUCUUUAUUACAAUGAAAAGGAUGAUCCCCUGUCAGCGCAUCUCUUCAACUUGGAUGGCCCACAAUGGCGUGUAUUGCGGCACAAGUUAUCGGGCACAUUUACUUCUGGAAAGAUGAAAUUCAUGUUCCCCACCGUGGUCUCUGUAGCGGAGGAAUUCAUCAGAGUGAUGCACGAACAGGUGGCACAGCGCUCCACUCUGGAAAUACGUGAUCUCGUCGCACGAUUCACCGUCGAUGUGAUUGGAAACUGUGCCUUCGGAAUUCAGUGCAAUAGUUUGCGGGACCCAGAAGCCGAGUUCCUGCGUAUGGGUCGAGCAGCAUUUCUGGACAGGAAACACGGCAACUUUCUGAUUGGCUUUAUGGACAGCUUCCCCAAUUUGUCUAGACAUUUACAUCUAACCCGUACACCCCAGUAUGUUCGCGACUUCUACACCCGGAUUGUCAAGGAGACUGUGGCUCUGCGGGAGGGCGAAAGCUUGAAGCGGAAUGACUUCAUGGAUCUGCUAAUUGAGCAAAAGAAAAAGGACGAUGGCCUCAGUAUGGAUGAGAUAAUUGCACAGGCUUUCAUUUUCUUCCUGGCUGGUUUCGAGACCAGCUCAUCAACCAUGGCCUUUGCACUGUAUGAGCUAUCGCGUCAUCAGGAUGUACAGGAUAAGUUGCGGGCUGAGUUGAAUGAUGUGCUGGAGCUACACGAACAAAAGCUUACAUACGAGUGUAUACAGGACUUGAAGUACAUGAAUCAGGUCAUUUCUGAAACACUUCGUCUCUACACUAUUGUGCCAAAUUUGGACCGUAAGGCACUAAAGCGUUAUGUGGUGCCCGGACAUCCGAAGUUUGUCAUUGAGGAGGGACAGUCUGUCAUCAUACCGGCUGCCGCCAUACAUCGUAAUCCCCAUAUCUAUCCUAAGCCUGACGAAUUUCUGCCUGAACGUUUUGCACCCGAAGAGGUGGCCAAACGGGAAUCGGUUGCCUGGCUGCCAUUUGGCGAUGGUCCUCGGAAUUGCAUUGGACUGAGAUUUGGGAAGAUGCAAGCACGAAUCGGACUGGCAUUACUCAUUAAGAAUUUUAAGUUUUCUGUGUGCCCAGAAACGCAGAUGCAAUUCGAUCCAAAGAGCUUCGUGUUGGGCACAAAGGGUGGUCUAUUUUUAAAAGUGGACGCAAUUUGAAAAUAAAUAAGUACUAUUAAGCCAUUACCGAUGUUUAUAAGUCUAAUUAAGUAUUAUUACAAGAAAGUCUGUCAAUAAAACCAAAGUUGUUGUGAAUUCAUAGUGGA